AUGGAAAAUCCCCAGAAUCAACCCCUGACAGUUGUUGUGGUCGGGAUCGGUCAGAUGGGCCACAGCCAUGCGCUUGCCUACCACAACAACCCAGGCUUUCAGAUCAUCGGCCUAGUUAGCCGGAGUGCGCCAAAGAAACUCACAGAUAUACUAAAGAAGUACCCGAUUUUGCCUAGCUUUGAAGAAGCCCUCCUACUGAAGCCCGACAUCGUGUCGAUCAACACACACACAGCUACCCACGCAACCUACGCUAUAGCCGCAAUGGAAGCCGGAGCCCACGUUUUCGUCGAAAAGCCACUAGCAGCAACAAUAGCCGACGCACAGCGUGUCGUGGAAACAGCACAACGAACGAAUCGCAAGCUCGUCAUUGGCUACAUCCUACGGCACCAUCCCAGCUGGGUGGAGUUCAUCCGCCAGGCGCGACAGCUCGGCCCACCGUUCGUUAUGCGGAUGAACCUGAACCAGCGAUCCAGCGGCGAUGCCUGGGAUAUCCAUAAGCGCAUACUACAGGAUGUAAAGAACCCAAUCAUUGACUGUGGCGUGCACUAUAUCGACGUUAUGUUGCAAAUCACCGAUAGUAAGCCCGUUCAAGUGCGCGGCAUGGGUCUCAGUCUUAGCGAUGAACUCCCGUCCGACGGACAGGUGAAUUAUGGACAUCUGCAGGUGAUCUUUGAGGAUGGAUCGGUUGGCUGGUAUGAAGCUGGAUGGGGGCCGAUGAUGUCGGAGACGGCGCAUUUCGUAAAAGAUGUGAUGGGGCCUCGUGGCUCUGUGUCGAUUGUGAUGGGCGAUAAUGAGAAGGCCGGUGGCUCAGCCGAUAUUGAUAGCCAUACGAAGAUGUCCGGCUUACGUGUGAGCACUGUGGUUGAUGGACGCCCAAAUGAUCGUAUGAUUUACAUGGAGGGCGAGCCGAGUCACUAUGAGCUUUGUGCUCGGGAACAGCAGUUUCUACUGGAUGCUAUUCGGGAGAAUCAAGAUCUUACGCAGCAUAUGAUGGAUGCUAUCCGGUCACUUACCAUUGUUUCCGCGGUGGAUCGCUCUAUGCGCGAAAAACGUGCAAUUGACGUGUGA